UCGCGUACACGUAUUCGGAUUUUUGUUCGUUGUAUUCAGUGCUUGAAUGAACAGUGUAAUUUAAAGUAAAAAUGUUUUACAUUAUACUUUUGUUAAUAAUAAUUAUCUUUUAUUGGUAUGGUGUAAGAACUUUCGGUUAUUGGAAGAAACGUGGAAUAAAAAAUGACUAUCCUUUACCAUACUUUGGGAAUAAUUAUAAGCAAUUCUUUCAAAAAAGCAGCUAUGCUAUGACUGCAACAGAAAUGUACAGAAAAUACCCAAAAGAAAAAGUAGUCGGUUUCUUUCGAAGUACCGCACCUGAGCUCGUAAUAAGAGAUCCUGAUUUAGUAAAAAGAAUUUUGGUUACUGAUUUCCAGCACUUUUAUGCCAGAGGAUUUAAUACACAUAAAACAGUGAUUGAACCUUUACUGAAAAAUUUAUUUUUUGCUGAUGGAGACUUGUGGCGAUUGAUAAGACAGCGAUUCGGUUCAGCUUUCAGUACAGCUAAAAUCAAAGCAAUGUUUCCUUUCAUUUCUGAGAGAGCAGAAAAGCUUCAAUUAUUGGCAAACGAAAUUGAACAUUUAGAAUAUUACGAUAUGAGAGAGCUAAUGGCAAGGUAUACUACGGAUUUUAUCGGAGCUUGUGGUUUUGGUAUAAAUAUGGAUACCUUGAAUAAUGAAAAUUCGGAAUUCAGAAGACUUGGAAAAAGAAUAUUUCAUAGAACUCCCAGAGAUGCUGUUGCAGCUGCUUUGAAAUUUAUAUUCCCCGAACUAUGCAAACAUAUACACUUUUUGGCACCAGAUUUAGAGGAAUCGGUCUGUGGAUUAGUGCAACAUGUUUUGAAAGCACGAAAUUAUAGUCCUUGUGGUACUAAUGAUUUCAUAGAUUUAUUGUUGGAAUUAAAAGAGAAAGGAAAUGUUGUCGAAUCUUUAGAGUAUAGAGAUGAAAAUGGUACGGCAAAAUUAGUUGAGUUAAAGCUUGAUGAUUUAUUACUAACUGCGCAAGUUUUUGUAUUUUUUGGUGCGGGUUAUGAAACAUCCUCGUCAACUUCUAGUUUCACAUUACAUCAGCUGGCAUUCAACUCCGAUCAUCAAAAGAAAGUACAAGAAGAAAUUGAUCGAGUUCUUCUCAAGCAUGAUAAUAAAAUUACAUACGAUGCUAUAAACGAAAUGCACUAUUUAGAAAAAGCGUUUUAUGAAGCUAUGAGGAUGUAUCCAGCAGUAGGAUUCUUGAUGCGUAAAUGUACUACAAAAAACUACACGUUUCCUGAAAUAGGACUUACUAUAGAUGAAGGCGUGAAUGUAAUAAUACCAAUUCAAGCCUUUCAUCGAGAUGAAAAAUAUUUUCAUGAGCCAAAUGUCUAUAACCCCGAUAGAUUCACUAAUGCUCAAGACUUAAAAACUAAUUAUUUCUUGCCAUUUGGAGAAGGUCCCCGAGCUUGUAUUGGUGCUAGGCUAGGAAAAGUCUUAGCCAUGGCAGGAAUAGCUGCUGUUCUACAAAAGUUCAAUGUUGAACCCUGUGAAAUAAGUAAAUUAGAACCUGUACCAGAUCCUAAGGCUAUAGUUGCUGAAGGUUUUAUCGGUGGACUACCACUUAAAUUGAGAAAACGGGAGCUUAUAUCCUGAGGAAAUUAUGGAUCCGGAUGACAAAAAAGAUUACAGAAUAGACUUUUAUGGGUAAAAUAGCGUAAUAAUUAUAACUGUUAUUAGUCUGUAGUUAGCUGUUCUAUUA